GAAACAAAAACCAAGAUGAAGUUGUUACUUGUGAUCUUUUUAGUCCCAAUUACAAUAUGCCAUACCAACGUCAUAACUACGGAGCUUCUGGAGAGCGUCUUUGGAGUCCCAGACAGUAUAUCUAGUCCAUCAGCUCUUCAACAGACAGUGCCUGUUGCACCUCAAGCCGAUGACCCAGACUAUGAAGAGAGCGAUGACAAAUACGUGCCAGCAGUGGUCGAUUAUGAUAAGUUCGACUGGACUCUCACCAAGCGAGUGGCUUCGAGUUCGCAGGAAAAUUUCCUCAUAUCACCGCUAGGACUUAAAUUAGCUCUUGCGAUUCUGACGGAAGCAGCUACAGGUACUACCCGUACUGAGCUCUCAUCUGUUUUAGGUUUUGACAAUGAUAAAAAACUCGUGAGACAGAAAUUUGCAGUGAUUCUGAGCUCUUUAGAGACCAAGUCUACGCAGUAUAUACUGAACUUAGGUAGCAGAGUAUACGUUGGAUCAACCGUUUUACCUCAACAGCGCUUUGCCGCUAUAGCUUUACAGUCCUACAAGACUGAAAUAAAGAGCUUAGAUUUUGGUAACCCUAUAAACGCCUCCAAUGAAAUUAAUGCCUGGGUUUCAAACACUACUGAAGGAAGAAUAGCAAGUUUAGUCAAAGCAGAUGACGUAGCUGGAGUCUCCGCAUUAGUGUUGAACACAAUAUUCUUCAAAGGCACGUGGCAGCAUCAGUUUGCUCCCAAUGGCACUAAAUCCAGGUUAUUCUACAUGUCACCUGAAGCUAAGAAAGAGACCUCGUUCAUGAACAUAAAGAAUAAAUUUUUCUAUACCGAAUCCUUCAAAUUCAAUGCUAAAAUCUUAAGAAUGCCGUAUAUGGGCAACAAAUUUGCAAUGUACAUUAUCGUCCCAAAUUCUUUGACUGGUUUAUCUCAGAUUUUCAAUGACUUAAGUGCCUUAAGAUCAGAACUAUACUACCUUCAAGAGCAUCUUGUCGAUGUUACACUUCCGAAGUUCCAGUUUGAGUACACUUCGCUUUUGGAUGGAGUUCUUAAAGAGCUGGGUGUAAGACAAGCUUUCGCAGAUACUGCCUCAUUCCCCGGCCUCGCUCGUGGUCAAGUCCUUGCCAACAGGCUGAAGAUUUCCAAAGUAUUGCAGCGUUCUGGAAUUGAAGUGAACGAAUUAGGAAGCACAGCAUACUCUGCUACAGAAAUCGCUUUAGAAAACAAAUUCGGUGAACAAAUGAUGCCGGUUGCUGAGGUGGUCGCGAACAAGCCGUUCCUGUUCUUCAUUCAAGACGAGUUGACAAGACAGCUCCUGUUUACUGGCCGCGUAUCCGACCCGACACUCUUCGACGGCGCUUUAAAAUAUAUAUUUCUCACAGCCGGGCUACAAAGUUUGGAUUGUCGCGAAAAUGUACAUCCAGAAAUUUCGCGUCUAAACUUUUUUGACACUGAUCUCCUUCGUUAUGCCGCUGAAGACAAAAAAGGAAAUGUUUUGGUAUCGCCAGCCAGUAUUAAAUCUAUUUUAGCUAUGAUUUUGGAAGUCUCAAGUGGAAAUACGCAGGCAGAGAUUCAAAGUGCGCUUAGAUUAUCCCCGUACAAAGAUGAAGUUAGAGAUCAGCUAAAUUUAUAUUUGAACGCUUUAUACGCUAACACGUCAGGAGUCAAUCUACAAAACUCAAAUGGAAUAUUUGUAUCAAAUAGACUUAAGCUUAAGAAGGAUUAUGAACAAGCUAUAAGAAACAUUUACUAUUCUACUGUUACUUCAAUCGACUUUAGUGACCCUGUUAGCGCAGCUGAUACCAUCAAUCGUUGGGUCAAUGAGCACACGAAAGGGCUCAUACCAGAUCUAGUUCAAUCUGGCGAAAUUAAUCCAACUUCAGAGGCCCUAUUGACAAACGCUUUGUUCUUCAAAGGCUUCUGGCGUUAUGCUUUCAAUCCCAAGUAUACUAGGGUUGGUUGCUUUUACAAUGAAGGUAUUUGUCAAAAAGUGGCUAUGAUGGAAUUGUACGAAGACUUGUAUUAUGCAUUUGUUGACAAUUUAAGGGCGCAUGCGUUAGAGCUUCCGUAUCAGGGUGGCCGCUAUUCUAUGAUUAUUUUAGUUCCGCAAGACCGUACUGGAUUAAACACUUUAAUCAGAGAUCUACCAUACAUGAGUCUACCUCAAAUAUCAAUGUUAAUGGAAAUUACAAGCAUGCGUCUGCAUAUGCCAAAGUUUACAGUUGACUACACAGAGAGCAUGGUGGAACCUUUACAAAAAAUGAAGAUAUCCACUUUAUUUACCAAAAAUGCAAAUCUUUCUGGAAUGUUCGAAAACGGUUCCGCACAAGUAAACAAUUUCUUGCAUAAAGUCCACUUGUCAGUAGAUGAAAAUGGAACUGUAGCUGCUGCGGCGUCUUCCGCGAUGGUUAUACCACUCAUAGAAGACGGAGUUCAACUAAAAGUCGACAGACCUUUCGUUUUCUUUAUUCGUGAUAAUUUAUUAGAACUAAUUCUUUUUGAAGGAAAGAUCGAAGAACCUAAUGCGUACGUCGAGGAAAAAGUUUUAGUCGAUCCUAGUCAAGGCAAAAAUGGACAAGUUCUUCUGAAUGCUGGACAAAGGAAAUUUAAUAAACAUUACUUAUAUUAAUGAUAUAAUAUGAAAAAUAUAAAUUUUAAAAUGA